UACAUAUCAACAACCCUGUUUCUGCCUUUUUUGAUACUUACGACGUCACUAUGGACACACUUGCAGACAUCAAGCCCGACAUGGCCAAUCCGGAUUUUUGGCGCCAGAAACAGGAAUGGAUCAAGCAGAUGCGACUGCAAUUCUCGCGACGGCCCGAGUUCCCUGAAACACACAGCAUAAUUGACGACGAGGGCAUGCUCAACCAAGAGUACUUCCAGCCGCCAAAGGACGCGCUGCCAGAAAUUGAACGCAAAUGGGGCGAUGCCGAAAAGAGUAAAUUGCUGGAAGGCAUUGCAACAUACGGGAUUGGCCACUUCCGCGAAAUAUCAGAAAAUCUGCUUUCAGACUGGUCGGGCAAUGACCUGCGAAUGAAGUCUAUCAGGGUGAUGGGGCGCCAAAACCUGCAGCUCUACAAGGAUUGGAAGGGAGAUGCGGCUGCGUUCAGCGCGAAUAUGAGCGCAACAAGGGAAUCGGGCUGCGGUUUGGAACAUGGAAAGGAGGAGCGCUCGUUUAUGAUGACGACGGUCACGUCCUUCAGGCCAUCGAGGACUCUAACAGAGCCAGCCCACCAUAGUGUAAAACCCCCGAUGAAACUGGAGUUGCAUACUAUCGCAGCGUGAAGGGCACACGGUUCCAUUAUGAAUGACUUUUAAAUAUAAACAUGUACAAUG